AUGGCGAAGCCGACAGCGUCACAGGCCAAGCCGCCAGCCGGCAAGCCCCGGGCGGGCAGCUCGUCGGGCUACCAGCCCAUCCACCAGGACGAGUCGCAAGAAGCCAUCGAGGAGGAGGCUGGCUCGUCCACGACAUAUCUCCAGCCGCGCCGGUCACGCGCUGAUCGCCGCUACCGCACGACCAUCAUCGCCCUUAUCGUGGCUCUAGUCGUGCUCCUGGCCUCCAACCUAUACCUGUCGCUGCCAUACUUCUUCCCCGGCCGCGGAUCCGAUUCGUGCCCCUGCCGCCCGAGCAAAGUGCCCCAGUAUUUCCAGACGUCGCCGAAUCUGUGGCCCGGGCCAACGGCCACCGGCAACGCCGCAUUUCUGGCCCAGACAAGGACCUUUGAUCCUACGGCGACGUUUGUGCCCAAUGAGCCGCUGCAGACGGCCAUUCCUGUCAAGGGCAUGCAGCCCGGCAACGACACCAUCUUUAAGAUGAUGGGUUAUUUGUCUCCGUACUUUCCUUCUCCGGGCUUUGGCGUCGACGAGUACCCGCUGCCCGCAGGAGCUGAGAUUGUCCAGGUCCAGAUGCUGUCUCGUCAUGGAGCCCGCUAUCCUACUUCUGGUGUCGGCGUUGUUGACUUUGCUAAGCGCAUUGCCAAUGCCUCUGACAAGUUCAACCCGAAAGGGCCGUUGGGCUUCCUCAAGAGAUGGGAGUAUCAUCUUGGCUCUGAGAUUCUGGUGCCAAAGGGGCGUGAAGAGCUGUACAACUCGGGAGUCCUUCAUAGCUACAUGUACGGCAGUCUGUAUAACCCGAAUAGCAAGAUUAUUGUCCGAACAACGACCCAGGAUCGUAUGCUCAAGUCAGCGGAGAACUGGAUGGCUGGAUUCUUUGGACUGGAAUGGACAAACAACGCAACUAUUGAAGUCAUCAUCGAGGCCAGCGGCUUCAACAACUCCCUUGCGGGUGCUCUCAGCUGCUCUAAUGCUUUCUCUAAGACGGCUGCCAACGAAGCUAGGCAAAAGUGGAUUGAUAUUUAUCUUCAAGACGCUCUCAAACGCUUCCAAGGGAUGACAGAGGGAUUCGAAUGGACUAUUGAUGACGUAUACAAUGCCCAAACCAUGUGUCCUUACGAGACGGUCGCAUACGGCUUCAGCACGUUUUGCGAUCUCUUCACUUACGAAGAGUGGCAAGGCUUUGGCUAUUCAAUCGACGUGUGGUUCUCAGCUGGCAAUGCCUUCCACAGUCCUGUCGGGAGAGCAACUGGUAUUGGCUACCAGCAAGAAGUCCUCGCUCGUUUGCAGAAUCACACUCUCGGUUAUUCAGGUUCACAGAUCAACAUCACCCUGGACAACAACACCGAGACUUUCCCGUUAAACCAAAGUCUUUACUUUGACUUCUCCCAUGAUACAAACAUUGUUUCUAUCCUCACUGCCUUUGGCCUCCGCCAAUUCGCAGAUGAGCUCCCAGCCGAUCACUAUCCCGGACCUCACAACUUCACCGUCGCCCACAUCACCCCCUUCGGUGCCCGUCUCGACAUUGAGAUCAUCAAGACGCCCAAGCCCGUCUCGCCAAAUCGCGACGGCUAUCUGCGCGGCGAAGAGCAGAAAUACGUCCAUUUUGUGCUCAACCAGCGAACCAUCCCCUUGGGCCUGAGUUUCCCAGAAUGUGACGCCAGUCGCAAGGACGGCUGGUGCGAGUUUGACACUUUUGUCAAGAUCCAGGAGGGAAUGACGGCAAAGGCCAAUUUCGACCAUGCCUGCUUUGGAGAUUACCUCAAGGAGCCGUAUGGGAAGAUUACUGACGGUGCUCCCAUCGUUUAG